CAAAAAAAAAUAUUUUGGUACAAUAUAAAAUUGUAACAGUCUUGUUUGAUUAAAAAAUGCAACUAAAACGACAUGUCGUGUUCAAUUUUAUCGUAAUUGUCUAAAUAGUCUAAUUAAUUAAUUAUUCUCGCUCCUUUUUUUACAAAGGGUGGGGGGUUGAUAUUUCGAACCUAACCUCACUUUGUGCAAACUAAACAACGGUCUUUUUGCGCGUAAUUUCUUCAAUGUGAUCACUUUUUAUCCCAUAUUCAUUCAAAAUGAAUGACAAUUUCAUUUCUGAGUUGGAAUCAGCCGCUGCUAUCGUCAUGGCGCCCCCAAAUCUUAUCAGCAACGAACAACGACACAAUGCCGAAGCAAUUUUUAUAAAUUUUCGCAAAUGUAAAACUCCUUUCGUUAUUUGUCGUGAAAUUUUGGACAAGAGCCAAGUUCAUUAUGUUCUUUUUGAAGCAGCUGAAACUAUCAAAAGUGCCCUUAUUAGAGAGUGGUCGUUCUUGUCCGACUCGGAUAAAUACUCGUUACGGCAAUACUUGAUGCAUUAUAUUUCCACGAAACAAGUGCCCCCUUUCGUCCGAGACAGGAUCAUCCAAGUCAUCGCAAUUAUGGUCAAAAGGGCUAGUGUGGACGAUGGGGGGCGCGAGAGAGGCACGAUUUUGCAAGAAGUCGAAAGUAUAAUUCUCAACGCGGAACCGGAAAAAAAAAUUUUGGGUUUCAACAUCAUCGCAAACCUGAUGCAAGAAUACGCAAGCACGGUGAAGUCAACCGAUGUGGGGUUGCCCUGGGAAGUGCACUUCAAAGCCAAAAAACAAUUCGAGUCAACUGACUUGAAACGAAUUUUUCAAUUUUGUGUCCAAUUGUUGUCUGAAGUUGUGAAAAAUGACCCCCCGUAUCCUGACAAUGUGUUAGAAUUGACGAGGCAUAUUUUAAAGGUUACUGAAAGUGUUCUUACGUGGGGGUACAUGUCGCCACUCUUUCCAAAACGAUUAAUCGGCAUCUACGAGUCUGUUUAUGAGGCUGACCAUGCCCCAUCGUUGAAAUUAUCCGAUAAUUGGAGUGAACUUAUUUUGUCACCGCAAUUGUUACCCCUCAUGUUUCAAAUUUUUUGGAAAGUGAGAGAAUACGACGAGUUGUCUCAUCAUGCGUUAACCUGUCUUGUACAGUUGGCUUCUUUGAAUGGAGGAGUCCUGUCGUCAGACUCCGUCAGAUUGGAAUACUUGAAGUCUUAUAUGGUUAAUUUUACAAAUCUCGUGUCUAGUAUAACAAUAAGAAACAAAGAAUCGCUCGGCAUAUCCAACAUCGUCAAGAAACUAAUCCUUUUUUUCAUCGGCGACAUUCAGAAAUUAACAUCGCAACUCCAAGACUCGUAUUUAGAUGAACUGACACGUUUGACGUGCUCGUUUUGCAAAGGUGCAGCUCUAGAAGAUACGUCUUCCGAUGAAGAAAAAUACUACAACGAUUCGUUCGAUAAUAUGAUGGAAGCCUGGACAAACAUCCUGCAAGAAUAUGGGGCAAAUACAAAUGGAAGCAUUCAGGAAUGUGCAACGCAAAUUUUUAACACUUACAUUCAGUAUCAUUUGGGACCACCAGAUGGCGCUCGACAAAAUCACGAUGUCCAAGAAAUCGAAGACAACGAAGAUAUUGACAGGAUCUCAUUCAAGGAUCAGUUGCAGACGAUUGGGAUGUUUGGGAGGAUCGUACCGGGAUACGCGUUGCCCAUUAUUUACAAACUCCUGGAAAUCAACAUCGAGAAACUAAAGAUGAGUUUACAACUGAUGGAAUCCCGCGCAAUGAAUGUGAACGAAUCAUGCAACUUGGACAACCUCUUCGAGGACAUCCAUUGGGUGAUUCUGAUCGCCGGUCAUAUCCUCUGCAUGGACAGCGACGGCGAAACGCCAAUGAUCCCCUCCGAAAUGAUGCAAUACUCCAUCGAACAACUACGUCAAAAUAACAGUACUCUCGAAUCAAGUCUCACUGUCUUGGCUUCAGUCCACCAAAUAGGCAAUGUGCCGACGGAUGUCGACCGCUGCGACCACAUCAUACGCAUCGUUUCAGACAUUUUGAAACUAUGUGUGGUGGAAAAUUCAGCGGCUGAAGCGAAAUUGGGACAUUUUAUGAGUCCGGAAGUGAGUUCUACCAUCAUGUGGUUUUUGAAACGGUGGUGCUUGUCGUAUCUUUUGCCGGUGGAGAAUUAUUAUCAAGAGAUCAGUCCGGUUUUGAUCGGGGCUGUUGGGAAAGAUACAGAAGGGGCGAUUUUUGUCGUGAAUUUUAUUCUGGAUAAGAUUUAUUCCAAUAUUUGUCAUUUCAACUCGGAGCCGAUUUUGUUGAGGGAUACAGUGGAUUUGCUCACGGCGCUUGUUUGCAUCAAACAAAAACAGUCCUUAUGCAUUGUCAAGAGCAAAAGCCUUUGGAACCUCAUAACUCUGCAAGAGAAACUCACCCCUGGCGGCCUCCCCUCCACCAUUCGUCGCGAACUCUUCAAAAGUUUUAUCCUAGCAGGUGUCGCGCUCCGCGACAUGCAAGAACUCAACGGCUACUUUGACCAAAUCCUGCGCCCUCUUCACACCCGUUUCGAUCGUUUCAUCAACCAGGAGGAAAACUUUCGUGCCAAUUACCACAAAGAGGAAGUCCAAAAGGAAAUCAUCGACAUUUUGGAAAGCUUCAUCGGAAUUGCCAAAGGCUCGCACAUGUCUACCGUUCAAAUCCUCUUCCAAUUUCUGGCGCCUAGAUUGGCAGAACUGCCGAAAAUUCUCACGUUUUACAACAAUUAUCAAGUCAUCGUACAACUGAUUUUGGAGUUGUUUGGGCAGUGUGCUAAAAACAUGUUGUGUUAUUUGUGUCAACUUGAUAGUAAGAAGUUGUACGAAAGUACGUUGGCAACAGUGCAAGCCUAUGCCAAAUGUAAUGGGAACAAGUUUAGUGGGGAGAGUUUAGCAGAAGAGAAUAGUUUUCAAGAUUUGGCCUUGAUUUUAGAUCUGUUGACUUUUAUCCUAUCAAAAGAUUGCAUCGAUUUGUGUCCCAAUGACGAGGAAGUGGUCACAGUGACAGCGUCCGAUGUUUCUUUGUUUGGUUUGAAUUUUAUAAUGCCUUUGAUGACUAUAGAUUUGCUCAAAUAUCCAAGUCUUUGUUCGCAAUAUUACAGAUUGUUGGUUUUGAUCAAUGAUAUUUAUCCGGAGAAGAUUUGCAAUCUCUCUCCGACUUUGUUUCAACAGUUGUUGAGUUCAAUCGAGUUGGGUUUGACUCAAUUCGGUUCAGAUAUAGCCCAAGCGUGUCUCGAUUUUAUCCAAGGAAUGACUUGGUACUUUUUCAGGAAUUCUCUUCAGCAAAGUCCGAUUUGUCAAGCGAUGAAACCCUUCUUAAAACUGCUACUUGAUCUCACUUUAUCGCAUCAAAUCAAUUCGGAUUUGAUGAGUUCGGCCAGUACUUGUAUCUACGCUCUGAUUUGUUGCUACGAGGAAGAGUAUACGAUUUUAGUCGAUAGUUUGAUUAAAUCGCAAACGGAUCCGUUAAUUGCGGAUAGAUUAGCAGCAGCGUUUCAUAAUUUGACAUUAAAUGUCGCCAUGAAUGGUGGAAGACAACCCAAGUUGAAAUUUAGAGAUAAUUUCGAUAAGUUCAUCGCAAAUGUUCAAGGAUUCUUGCUGGUGAAAUAGCUGAGAGUUGAAUUGUGUGAUGUUCAUUUUAGCGUUGGGUCAAGUGAUUCGAUGAUGAUUUUGAUUUUAGAAAAAAAUUUAGUUUACUGAUGGUUCUUCCCAUCUUGUAACGAAUAUUUUCUGGUUUGUGACGUCUUGUACUGUUGGCUGAUUGAUUAACUUACAAAAACUUGUAACUAUAUUUUUAUACAUUGUAACCAUGUCCAUGUUAUGCACUUUAUAAACGCAAUAAUAAAUUACAUCAGUUUUGUAUUAUUA